UGGAUGGGAUGACAGAUCCCGAUCCGAGCGGGAUGGAUGGACGACUGCUAGGAGUGAGCGAGAGGGAGCAAGCGGAGAAUGGUCGGGGUCACAAGCCAGGUUCAGCAGGUAGCGGGCAGCGUGGUACAGGGGGAGCAAGCAGAGAAUGGUCGGGGUCACAGGCCAGGUUCAGCAGGUAGCAAGCAGCGUAGUACAGAGGGUCAAGCAGAGAGAUGGUCAGGGUCACAAGCCAGGGAUCAGGACAGGUAGCAGAGAAUCA